GAGUAGGGGGCCGCACGGUGGGCGCCCUGCCCCGCGGGCCGCGCCAGAACUCGCGCCUGGGCCUCCCGCUGCUGCUGAUGCCCGAGGAGGCGCGGCUCCUGGCCGAGAUCGGCGCCGUGACCCUGGUCAGCGCCCCGCGCCCGGAUCCCCGCCAACACAGCCUGGCUCUGGCAUCCUUCAAGCGCCAGCAAGAGCAAGGCUUCCAGGAGCAAAGCGCCCUGGCCGCUGAGGCCCGAGAGACCCGUCGUCAGGAGCUCCUAGAGAAGAUUGCAGAGGGCCAGGCUGCCAAGAAGCAGAAGCUGGAACAGGAUUCAGGGACCAGCGAGAGCCAAGAGGCCAUUGAGAACCAAGCAGCUGGAGAGAAUGAGGCCAGUGCUAACCAGGCUUCUGGAGAGCAGGAGGAAGCAGAUUCCUCCUCUUCCCAACCAGGGCCUUCAGAUGGGGUGGCCCCCUUGCCGAGGUCUGCUCUGCUGGUCCAGCUAGCCACUGCUAGGCCUCGACCCAUCAAGGCUAGGCCCCUGGACUGGCGUGUCCAGUCCAAGGACUGGCCCCAUGCUGGCCGUCCAGCCCAUGAGCUGCGCUACAGCAUCUACAGAGACCUGUGGGAGCGAGGUUUCUUCCUCAGUGCUGCUGGCAAGUUCGGGGGUGACUUCCUGGUCUAUCCUGGUGACCCGCUCCGUUUCCAUGCCCACUACAUUGCCCAGUGCUGGGCUCCUGGGGAUCCCAUCCCACUCCAGGACCUGGUUUCUGCUGGCCGCCUUGGAACCAGUGUCAGAAAAACACUGCUCCUCUGUUCCCCACAGCCUGAUGGUAAAGUGGUCUACACCUCCCUGCAGUGGGCCAGCCUGCAGUGAACUUCAGAGACUUACGGGGGUGUGGCUACGUCUGUGGCAAGAACCUUUCUAGAUAGUCCCAAGUUCAUCUCUGCGUGGGAGGCUAGAACACCUUCCUACCUCUCCCUACGGUUAGUUUUUGAUUCCAGGUUUAUAAACACUACAUCCUUAUAUCCCUUCCUGUUUCAAAGCACUUAUUGGCCGUGUUGUUUUUGUAGUUAACUACUUCCAAACUGUGAGCUUCUUGAGAGUGAGGACUGGGGUUGAUUCAUCUCUAUUUUCUACAGGGCUUAGGUCUCAAUAAACUUGUUGAAUAAAUAUGGAGUUUGUGAUUUGAAUCCUUAGGACAGUCCUGGGAAGUGUGGCCAUUUGCAUCUGCUUUUACAGAUGAGGAAAAGUCUGGAGGAGGGGAAAUGACUUGCCCAAGUUCACACAGCUAGUAAGUAGCAGGGCUGGGAUUUAAAACCUGGUCUUUCUGACUCUGAACAAAGCCUGAGCUAUUCCCACUGUGCUAAACUUCCUUUUGAAAAGAUUUUAAUGGAACAUUUCAGAUACAUUUGUAAAUAAAAAUAAAGCAUGAAGAGAAGAAGGGGCUGAGUGUUGCUGCUUGGAGUGGGGAGGGUAAUGUCAGAAAGCACUUGGGCCUCUGGAAACUGGUGGGGUAGUUUUUCUUGGCCCGACAGGUAUUUAUUAAGUGUUUGAGAAUUAUUUUUUGUACCUUACAUUUAUAUUCUAGAUCCUUUUUUUAUAUGUAUGUCAUAUUUCACAAUUUUUUACAAAAGCUGAAACACAUAGGUAUAAAAUAUGUGUCUGCCUUUCUGCUUAAAUUACUGUUAUCAGUACUGACUUCCAAUAUUUAUACAUAUAUUGAAAUAAUGUGUAGUCUUGUUUUAUCACAUAUAUCUUAUGACUGUAAUACACUCACGCAGUAAAAAUUCUGGGCCUGAAA